UCAUAUAAAGCAUGGCUACAUGUAGAGCCUGUGUCUAUAAAUACCAGUAGGCCUAUUGGAAAACCCACAGUUAAUAUUUUAUUGUUUGAUAGAGGUUGUGGGUUCGAGUCUCAUCCGAGUAUUAAGCUUGGGAAUUUUUUCACAAGCCCGUGGACAACACCGAGCAUAGAAGUGUUGAGUAUAUGCAUGUACGUUUCUCAGCACCCAUAAUUGAAAAAAAAGAGAAAAAAUUAAAAAAGAAAAAUGAAUUAUCAUCUUGACACAAUAUGCUUGGCUCAUUUGAAGACUGAAAUAAGGAUGGCACAAAUGUUGAAACCUUGUGUAUCAUGUAGCCCAUUCACUGGUAUGUUUCAUUACAAAACCUUAUUUAUGAUGAAGCGUGCACAUAUUAACUGUAUUGUAUACGGGUACAUGUACAUGUAUGGUAUCCAUAUGGGUUAAUAAUUUAAUUGAAUUUUGACAGUGCUGAUCUAUGGGCAGGCAUGCUUUUCCUUAUGUACACUGUGUAUGGUUCUUACCAUCAGUUGGACGAGUAUUGGUUAGACAAACAAUGUGCCGGGUAAAAUUUGCACUGUAAGUUCACAGGCUGUCAGUGUUUGGAAGUCAAGUUUUUGAGAUGGUAAUUUAUGAAUUACAUUACAAAUCUUGUGACUUUCUGUUGGUGGUUGCCCUUUGUCAUGUCUGGUGGUACAGGUUCGUAUUCGUGUAACCAACCUUGUAGACAAUGGCCCAUUUUCUGCUGAGAAUAGGAAAGCAGAAACUGGCUUCAUUCAGCUGAGUUCUUCAUUCAUAAACUGGAGUAGUCCUACCCACAGGCAUUUCUUGCCUGAUUGGAUCUAUUGUCUGCAUGUUGGGAAGUUCCAACUUGUGUUUCCGACUUUCUAGGGAUCUUACUUUUUUAGUUCCCAGAACUAAAGAAGAGUGAUUGAUUGCAAUUCAUCAUUGGUCAGCAUAUGCAGUAUAAACCAUUUUCAAGUUUGUCUUUUGAACUAUUUUCUGGUGCCAUGUAUGAUGUUAUACAAAGUUUAUACUAAAACAUGUUAUUCAGUUAGUUAAAAUUGCAUGUGCCUGUUACAAACAGUCCUGAGAAGCUGAUGCCUAAGUUGUACAUGUACAUGUAAGGUUCUGAGUUCAAGGCCAUUGUGAAUUUACAUUUGUGACAGUCUUUAUGUUUAAGUCAAGUGAACCAGGAAUCAAAAUUGUGUUGGACUAGUGGACCGAGGUCAGUGAUUUUGGCAUUGGUGCGUUACACUCAUGACCAAACGGCUGGACAGUCUACUGUUUUGUAAACUGUACAAGUAUUCACCAAAUUAAAAUCCAACCAACUUAUAGAUAAAGUGUAGUUUUUCAAAGUUUUCAAGCCCUGCCACUAUUUGAGAAUGCAACAUUGCUAUACUACAUGUGGUACAUGUACAUUGUACAGUGUGGUACAUGUACAUGUACAUUGUACAGUGUGGUACAUGUACAUCAUGUGUGCAUAUAUGUGUACAGAGUGAUGAUGCAGAGGAAAUGUAACUCCUUUGAUAUCUCCUUCAUGACAUGAUGACAUACAUGUUUGCUUGACAAUUUUAACGCCAAGGUGUCAUAGCCAAGGUGUCAUAGCCAAGAUUAGAGACUAAGAUGCUUGUUGAUGAUAGGAUGAGUUGGCCUGGUGUCUCUGCUUGUCACACACACAUGGAUUGUGCAUUCUAUUGACCUUGCAUAUUGUGGCAUUUUGAAGGUUUAGUUGUAGCUUGAAUAUAUAUGCUGCCAGUUCUGCUGUGUGAGUGUACAGUCCGACACUAUUACAUGUAAAUGAAAUUCUGGACAGAUCUUGUCCGAGAAUAAAAUAAACAAAAUUACAGGGGAAAAAUGUGUGUUCUUACUGGUACAUGUACCUCGUACUGUAGAUGUAGCAAGAUGGAACUGAUUCUUAAAAAAUGGAAACUGUCCUAGAUACGGUACAGUACAUGUACGGGUGUACUUGUAUAUGUACACAUGGAGUAGAUAAAGCACAGGUGUAAGGAAUUGACAAUAAUCGCUUCAAACCGUAAGGUGAGUAAAUAUUAGUGUUAUCUAAAGUAUAAUUGUAUGUUACAUGACAGUUCCUUUUGAUUCUUUCACUUCUUUUGUUUAUGUGCAAUUGAAAUUAAACAGCUGGACUUUGUGAAUGUUCAUGAAACCGCACAGAUCAUGUACAUGUUAAUGGAAGCGUAAUAAUGAUUACAGUGAAAGCAGAAAAAUGAACUCAUCAAAUAAUUUCCUGAAACACAGAGCAGCCCACUCAUUCCAAAACAAGCACUUUAGUGUUAGUUAUUAAUUUUAUUGUUUACAGAACUAGUCACAGUUUAUAUUUGCAGCACUCAGUGAUUAUAUGUACCUGUACCUUGGCCAGCUGUGAUUUUGUGUAUUUAGAUAAGGCCACAAUAUUUUAUUGAGCACAGUGUUGACUGUGUAUUCUGCUUGAUAUUGUAAAGGGAUCACUCCCUUUUCCAUUUCUGGUCAGCCUUUCUGGCGUCAAGGAGCUUGUUUGUUUUUCCUGAACACACAGAAAUGUUCUAGGUCUGUGUACAUUACCUGACAUUCCAAUCUUUUUGACACUUGCAGUAGUUACUGUAUCAGUGACGGUGUGAACUUUGUUUGGCUAGUUGAAGUUUGGCGGCUGUUUUCUAUCAUUUAUGAUGUAUAGUAUGCGUACAGUGGAAAUUAAAUUAAUGUGUGGUAUUUGAUCAUUAUGUGGUUGUACAUGUACCUGUAAGUGGUUCUGUGGCUGUGACUUAAAUACCUUCUCAGUUACCUUGCAUAGCCACUCUUUUGGUGAGACUGAUUGCACAGAAUAUUGUUCACACAAACUCUGUGUGUUUGAAUGUCCUUCAACUUGAAUCUGUUUGUUUGACAACCACAGCAUGGAACAUGAUAUGCUUGGUCCUCUGCUCAAUGUACAUAUGACUGACGGACGACGGACCCAGGUUGUGCUGCUGGAUGACAAACGUGUGGACCUUGUUGUUCAGUCCAAACUGUUGGCUGGGGACCUCCUUGACCUUGUUGUCUCCUACUUCAGUCUGAAAGAGAAGGAAUACUUUGGCCUUGCCUGUGCUGAUGAAAUAGGUCAUUACAACUGGUUACAGCUUGACCGCAAGGUUCUAGACCACGAGUUCCUGCCAAGAACCGGAACCCUCAUCCUUUACUUUCAAGUUCAGUUCUUUUGUGAGAGUAUAGCACAUCUCAGGGAUAGCAUCACUAUUGAACUAUUUUAUCUUCAGGCAAAGAAUUCUAUCUUCAAGGGUGACAUUGAAGUAGACAGUGAAACUGUGUUUGAGUUGGCAGCCUAUGUACUACAAGCUACAGAUGGGGAUUUUAUAAGUGAUGCUAAAGCAAGGAAUGAUCUGAAGACGCUCCCAGUCCUACCUCACAGCACACUCAGGGAGCAUCCUUCACUGCCUUAUUGCGAGGAGAAGAUAAUCUUCUAUUAUCGUCAACUAAAGGGCCUCAGUCGAGGACAGGCAAUAAUUUGUUAUAUGCAACUAGUGGAGAGUCUACCCACAUACGGAGUGCACUUCUAUGAGCUCAAGGAUAAAACUGGUAUCCCAUGGUGGUUGGGACUUAGUUACAAGGGCAUUGGCCAGUAUGAUAUAAAAGAUAGACUCACACCAAGAAAGGUCUUCCAGUGGCGACAGCUACAAAAUAUAUACUAUCGAGAUCGAAAGUUUUACAUUGAAGUCAUAGACCCAAGAAGAGUUGUACACACUUUGAGCAAUCUGAACCUGUAUGAGGAGUCAUUAGAGGAGGACAUAUAUGAUGAAUUGUCAGAUGCUAUUGCGGAUCCAACAACCCAAGUUUCUGUGAGCAAACGAACCUUUGGUGCUGCUAAUUCUACCAUCCAUGCCUGGUAUGGCUCACCAGUAAUGGUCAAGUCCAUGUGGACAAUGGCAGUUAGACAACAUCAGUUUUACUUGGAUAAGAAACACAGCAAGGAGCGAUACCCAGCACAACGGAGCUUCAAUCAGAUUGCCAACGAGCUGACGACGAGUACCAAUUCCUUAACACCAUCCCAAACCUCUGAGAUGAGCGAGGAGCAGACAGAGGGAGAGGGCACUAAUAUCACCCUUUUGAAGGAUGCAAAGGAAGCUUCCUCUCGAGAGCUGCUGGCCAUUGAAGGCGAGGUUGCUCGUAAGGAACUGGUCGAGGCACUUAAAGCUCGUAAGGUGGUGCUUCAAGACACGCUCCAGGAGAAACUAGAAAACUUGAGACAGCUGUGCCUCAAGGAAGCUGAGAUAACAGGAGAGUUGCCUAUUGAGUAUCCACGCAUACCUGGUGAGCCUCUACCACGUCCCAAGACAAGAGUUACAACAGCCUUCACUCUCUCAGAUAAGACAGUUAACACACCAGAGAGUCAUGAAGAAGAUGAAGGCUUAUCCCGGCUUGAAGGAGAGUAUGAAAUACAGUCUAAAAUCACUACAGCGGCCAUGAAACUUGCUAAUGAUCCAACCAUCAGUAAGAAGGUUCGCAAGACACGUCGAGAUUCCUACAAGAAGUCUGCCCAGAGGCUUAACAGUAUUGAAGUGCAGCUGAUUGACCUCCGUCGCAAACUUGGACUAGAAUUGGCAGAACCAUCUCCUGAGAAAAGAGCACUGGAAGAGUACAAUAGCAUGAACCGCUCAGGCCGCAAAGCUAGCACGCCCCAUACUCCACCGACAUCAAGGUUGGGUUUUGGGUUCAUGUCAGAGCGGGGAAGGACUAAAACUUUAGAUGACAAAAAGGGGGCCAGGAUACGUUCCAAGAGUGUUCCGCGCCAACUGCUGAAUGGAGGCUGGAGAUCUCCAUCGCAGAGCAGAAAAAGUAAGGAUAAAGGUCAGACACCAGUAGAGAUUUAUUCAGAUACACCACCAAAAGAUUCACCGAAGGCAUAUAAGAAGAGUGAUUCUAAGAAGUCAUCUCGUGUCAAGAAACCACCUGUGAGUUCUUACCAGUCAGAAACUAAUCUGCAGACUAGCAGUGAUUUAAUGAAUGGACCUCGCCAAAUCCGAUCAAAUAGUAUGAGUAGUAAGGAUAGCUAUCAUUCACAUCGAUCUGUGGACUACGUUGAAAAUCAGCGGCAACCCUCCUACGCGAAGACUCCUGUUGGAUAUUCAGACACUUUUAGCAAGAGCACACCCACAUUGAACUUGCAGGGGGAGACUUCUGGUGCUGAUUCACCACGUCGUCACAGAAACCCGUCAAACUCUGGAUCAAGUGGCAGUAGCUCAGCACGGGGGCCACCGCCAUCGUAUCAUAACAGCACUGCGUGUAGAUCACUGAAUAGGACUGGGCGAUACUAUGAGUCCCCUGAGCUGAGCUCUUCACGGAGAGAUUACGACUCCCCACGUUUAGGACAUCAUGCUGCAUCGUUACAUGACUUGCAGUUAUCAUCAGCACACCGUGAGCUCCCUGAGUUUGAUGAUGACCUUGAAUAUCACCAACAACCAACUUCCCUUAGCCAGCCUGCUUCACCAAAGAAGCACCAUUCCCUUGGAAAUCUGAAUCUGAAAUCUGGUAGUGUUCCUGGCCCUCAGGACAUAGAGGAACAGAACUCUGCUGCUUAUACUCCGUAUCGGAGUCGGACGCAGUACCGAUCACAGCAGUACCAAAACUAUGCUAGUCGGUUGCAGGGCCCAAAGAAGUUUGAAUUUGAGGAGGUCAACAAUUACAUUAAUCAACCAUAUGACCCCCAGAUGGACCAACAUGACCCACAGCAGAAUCAAUCUGUUUACCAUGAUCAGGUUGAUUUCACUAUUGAUCAACCUGUCCCAUCAGAUCGUGGAUCUGGUCACUCCUCACUGGUAGGUGACUUCCAGCCUGGAGCAACUCGUAAUCGUCAUCACUCCAUCUCUUCCCAACAGUCCUCUAGUAGCCAUUCAUCCCAUAGUUCAUCUAUGGCAAUCCAGUUAGGUCCUGGCAGUGGGGGAUCCCCAUACCACUCUCAACGGACACCUGUCUACACCCAUGUCUCUGAAUAUACCUCCAGCUAUGCAUCCAUCUCACAUACCCCUUCCAAUAUAAAUGUCUCAAGUCACAACAUGAGUGCACAUUCACAGUCUAUGACAUUAUACCAGGAACCUCAGCCUGCAGAUACUUACAGAACUGAACCUAAACCUGCUGCUGUCUACCGCACUACAUCAUCAAUGGUCUUAAGACCCCAGCAGACAUUUGGUACAGGUAUUGCCGUCAGUAAGGUCCAUUAUCAGCCAGUCACCCCCAUGACAUGUGAACCAGUGGCUCUUCACAAGAAACCAACCCAUUCUGCUUCAACUAAUAGCCUUCCUUCGUUCACCGCUCUAGAAGGUAGAUCCCAUAUGGUCCGACUGCAUGAGGAGCGGCCCCCAUCAUAUCAGAAGGUUUCACGUGACUCUUUCUCCGCAUCAUUAGAAGAUUUAACAUAUCGUGGGGAUGCUGGGGAAUCUUUGGCAGAUAGCUUCAGUGAGGAGAUGUUGACAUGGCUGGAGAAACAUGAGGGAAAUCCACAAUCAGGAACAUUAGUUUGAUACAGACAUCACAGCUAGACGGGCAGAAUCUGAAUGCACGGAGAGAGUUUCUUCCUUCAUGGCCUGGCUUCCCAACAUUUCCUGACUGAUGAUGAUUAUUUCUGCUGGCAGAAUGGUAUCAGUUUGUACAACUCCAUGACUGGUUAGACUUUAGCUCAGAAUGUAAGAUGGAUGAGUCUGUGGCCAUACCAAUGUGUGAAUGAUUUAGCUAGCUGUAAAUAUCUCUGUGUAAAUUAUUACUGUCCUAUCAAGUAGAUUGUACAUAUGUAUUAUUUAAUUGUUGGGAUAACAAAUGUUAAUAAACAAUGACUAUAAGUUAUAUUUUUUAUGUUUACUAUUUUGCAUUUUUUAAUUGGCUGAUUUUAGAAUGUAUGGUUUUUCUGAACUCGUACCAAAGUUGCAUCUGUUUGAAAUUUGUAUGUUGGUCUCAUUUUUUAGUUUUUUUCAAUAUUUCAAUUUUGAAAUCAGACAUUCACCGAAACCCUCGAAGUAAAACAUCAACAAUUCUUCUCAUUCUUAUUUACAAACCUUUUUAUCGAUAAUUUUACAGAACCUUUAUUGAAAUACAGAUCCAGUGGUUUUGAAAUUGUUACAGGUAACUUUAAGUCAUGAACCUUGAAAGUAUUUUAAUGGUAUGUUUGUGUUUUAAUGACCUAUGUACUUACACCCCUAAGUGGAGUAUGCAAAUCGGUCAGGGAAUGAUUAACUCAAAUUAUUAGUUCAUCGGUGCAUAUGAUAUUACUUCAACAAAACAAUUACUCUUUGAAAAUGUUACGAAUUUGGAGCUUGAUAAUUUGUCCUUGUCAGGUGUACAAUAGUUGUAGACUUGACUUUGUGUGAAUGUUUGACUUUAUGGCAAAACUCCUUAUCCCCCAUGCCUUGAUCAAUCCUUCAAAUAUUGCUACAAUGAGUGACCUUUGAUGCUGACCUUUAAAUCAACCUUUGAUGAUGCUUGCUAGAAAGGUAUUUUCUUAGCUUGUUUUUGCUGUGCUGUAAAAUCAGGUGAAAGUGACUUAGAUCAUAACUGAUAUAAACAAGAAGAAAUAGAUGGUGAACCUGUAUGCUUGAAGACUGAAAACAUUGUCUUUUCAGCAAAUUGUUUCAAUGUCAGGUCUGUCAUCUUAAAAUGAAUAAACAAACAUUUCUCUGAUUCCACAAAAAUAACCAGUCGACCAGAUCAAGUUUUUUUUUUACAUUUCGUAAUUUCAAAGAAUGAAUAAUUCUGAUUUAGACUGGCUGAUUCUAAUUCCAUUCGCUUAAACAAAAAUGGUUUGAGCAAUGUAUUGAAGUGUUUUCUGGAAUGUGACGUGUUAUCUUGGACCCUUUGUGUAGCUUGGUUGCACAGUUGGUCCAAACUACAACUUUGAAGGCGAAUUUUAUGAUACAUGUACAUAUACAUGUCUUUUGGGUAGUCUAACACUUGAACAGGCACAUUUGUGUCUGCACAUCAGAGGAAUAGUCCCAAAAACUUUAACUACUCGAAAUGUUCACAUUGAGGGAUAUUUGUCUCCUCACUCUGCAUGUACGUGUACCUCUUGUAGGAAGGGUCUCUAGGUUUGUAGUCUUCAUUUUUUGGGUGUAAACAUUUUGGACUAAUGCUUUGACAUUAAUCAUCUGUCCUGUUCUGCAGAAGUGAGUAUCAUUGUGUUGGUUUAGUUAGUGUCUUGUUUUUUUAAGUUAUUGUGUAAGAAGUACUUGUUCAUGUACACUGUGCAGUGUAAGCUUCUGGUGGGAGAGGUUUUUUAAAAUUUUAUUUAGAUAAUUUUUCGGGCAAGAAACAUGGACAGAUGACAAUACAUUUCUAAAUAUUACAAAUUAUAAGAUAAAGCCAACGAUUUGAGACUGCACAAACAAAAUCAUAUAAAUAUAUACAGCAAAGACGAGAAACUUUAGGAAAACCUGUCGAAAAGCGCAAUCCCAGAUCAACAAAAAUGUGCCAUAUGCAGGCCGCAGGAUUGCCCAGAAAGCCGAAUUAAGGCUUACCGAGAGGCUCUUCGACUGCAUCAGUACAAAUUUGCAAAAACAAAUGAAAAGAAAAAGACAUUACAAGAAAGGAUCAGAAACAACCAUAUUAUUAAAAUAGGCUAAAAACCCAUUGAAGGUGGUUGCAAGUGCCUGUCCAUGAAAUAGACCACAUGAACAAUAAAAAAAAGGUAAAAGAUAAAACCCAACCACGAAUUACCCAAACCCACACAGAGAAACAAGCCAACAAACUUGUUCAUGUACAUUUGAGAUGACUCUGGGAACAGUACACUGCAUUGUAUUGGUGGACUAACCUUAUGCCAGCUUUUUUCCAGAUGGAUAAAAAGUGCAGACAUUGUGUACUGAGGUGAUCGAAAUGGUCAUGGGUAUUGGUCAUUAUCAGACUUUGAUACUCAAUUAUUAUAUGAAUAUAUGAAAAUACCAUUCACCUACCUUGUCCAUGAUCUUGACAGUUCUUGUCGGUCAAAAAUCAUUAGCGAUUUCAAAGACUUCAUUGAAGGUAAAAUGUUGUCAUUGGUAAAUGGUGUUAACCUCAAACCCUGGUACAUGUAUAACAUUGAAAAUUGAAAGUUGUAUGAUGGUGAUCCAACUUUCAGUAGUAUAAAUAUUUGUGCCUUUUUGUCAAAUUUGAUCUCUUACAGUAAAGUGUGAAGUGACUUUGUUUCCACUUUUUCUCAUAGAAAGUGAUUAUGUCAGUUAAAAACUGCAUGAUCACCAACAAAUGUGUCCACCUCAAGAUGAGUGGCCAAGAACUGAUGUGAUUAUAAUGUUCACUGAUUGUAUGUGAUCAAAAGUAAAAGAAAAAAGUAGUUUAAAAUGGAGUGAUCUAACAUGAGUUUGAUGUAAAGGGUGGUUGUACCGGUACUUAAAUAAGCACCAUGUUUGCCUUUAAUUUUACAUUUCAUUCUUUGAGAUAAAAAUGUUAACAGAGAGUUAAAUACCAUAGUGGCACAAGUAAACUUUAUGCACUCCAGGAUGCCAGCCUAGGGUACAGAUUGGCCCACAAAAAACAAAAUUGACUGUAAAAAUACAAGUGCAAUAUUUGUGUUUUCAGACAUGUUUGUCAGAACAAAUUGUAUCUGCUCGGUAGUAGGUACAAGAAGUAAAAUUUAUACAUGUAGUUUCCAGAAGUGUUGAAAAUUAAAGAAUUUUGGAAUGUUACCAGCGUUACAGUGCCUCCCUACCUGUUUAUUUUUUCAAUAAUUGUUUUAUGAAGUGAAACAUCAGAUUCCUCCCAAACUAGUUGGUUCUUAAUAAUUGAUAGCUGUGACUGACAGAUUGUGAACUGCCACAAAUAACAUACUUCAUAGUUGUCACUAAGUAUACAUACAUGUAGGUCAAGAUAUUGUUUCAGUCCAUUAAUUUUAAGCUCUAUUUGAAAAAUGCAUUAGUUGUUUGUUUGUUGAUUGCCAUGUGGGAUUCAUAACUUUUCAUAUUUGAAGUAUUCAAAAUGCCAUUGUUUAAUUUAAAACAAUUUAAUUAUGGAUUUUGUUGCAGUAUUGUUGACUGUCCAAAUCCCUGGAAAUAAGAAUGGUGUUAAUAUAUCAAAAAGUAUUGAAAAGCUUGUUUUAUAUUUGAAAACUAGGGAAUGAAUCUGGAACUUAUUGUCUAAAUGUGAUUUUAAGAAUAAAUAUCCAAAGAUCUGACUGAA